AUGUUCUCUCCCAGAUGCACCCCAUGCCUUCGGGCCUUGCUUACUGCUCUGCUCGCUCUUGGGUCUGUCAAUGCUGCUCCUACUAGUCCUGACAACAGCCAACUUGUUGUGUCACCCACUCCUCAACAGAUCUCCUCGCACGGCAAGAGCGUCUCACUUGCUGGGGGAGCUGUUACCAUCGUGACAGGAGAUGCCACAGAUUCGGCCACGAUUGAUAUUAUCAAGACAAUCGUGUCUUCUGCUGGUGGACACGCUGUCGUCUCAUCCAAGCCCAGUGGUCAUGGCACGCAGAUAGUCAUUGGUACCAAGUCAGAGAAUGGCCUUGCCGGUACUAUUGCGAAGGCUCUCACGGGCAACUCUGCAGAUGGACUUGUCGCCGACGGCUACGUCCUCGCAUCCGGUGAUUAUCAAGGUCAGCCGAGUAUUGUGCUCAACGGUGUAGACGAGCGUGGCACUUUCUAUGCGGCACAGACCCUUCGUCAACUUGGUAGUGGGCACAAUAUUCCUGGUGUCAAUAUUCGCGACUGGCCGCUCAUGGCAAUUCGUGGAUCUAUCGAGGGCUUCUACGGUGAGCCAUGGUCACAUCAGGCCCGUCUAGACCAGUUCGUCUUCUAUGGAAAGCACAAAAUGAACACCUACGUCUAUACCCCCAAGGACGAUCCGCUACUCCGCGCGGAUUGGCGUACGCUUUACGCAGGCGACAACCUUACCCAACUCCAGGAACUCAUCGAAACUGCCAACACAAAUCACGUUGACUUUACGUUUGCUCUUUCGCCUGGCCUGGACUUGUGCUACUCGUCCGAUGCCGACUUUAAUGCUACCACCACCAAGUUCGACCAAGCACGCAAACUCGGCGUUCAGAGCUUUUACAUCGCUUUAGAUGACAUCCCUACCGAGUUCCACUGUGAUUCGGACAAGCAAAAGUGGGUUGACACGGGCAACUGGCACUGGCUGGCCGACGCCCAGGCGUACUAUCUGAACCGCAUCCAGGAGGAAUACGUGGUUCCAAAUGGCCUCAAAGAUCUCGAGACCGUCCCCACCAACUAUGCUGGUAGUGCACCGGACCCUUACAAGGGAGAAUUCGGCACCAUGUUGAACAAGAAUAUCAGCAUCCAGUGGACAGGUGAAGGUGUAUUCAGCGACCAGAUCAACGAUACAAGCGUUCAGCAAGCGGACUCGACCUACGUCACCGACAAGAUGUUCUUGUGGGACAAUUUCCCCGUAAACGAUGGCAAUCGUAACCGACUGUUCCUGAACCCACUUACUGGCCGUUCUCCCGAACUUUACAAGUAUCUUCUUGGCUUCACCUCGAACCCAAUGGAAGAAGCGUACGCCUCCAUGCCCGCGCUCGCCAACUACGCUGACUACACAUGGAACGGACCCAAAUACAACGCCGAAGACUCAAUGGCUGCGAUUUUAUGGGAACUCUCCGGCAGCGACAAAACCGUUCACGACGCUCUCCUUGCCUUCGUCGACAUCAACCAGAACUGGCCUUACCGCGAGCCCCAGGUCUAUUCGCCUCAGCUAAGCAGUGACAUUGCCGCUUUCUGGGCGGCCCGGAAAGCUUCCUCGAAGCCCAAACAGGGCCAUCCUGACGGGGAAACAGCGUUGAUCAACCGUCUCGCAUUACUUACCACCCUUCCCAACGUCCUUCCACGCAUGGCGAUGAAGGGUUUCGCAGAUGACGUGGCACCCUGGUCGACCGUUGCGAUGCAGUGGGCAAAGGCCUGUCAGCAUUUGAUUGCUAUGCUCGACGCUGUGGAUAAUGGAGAUAAGAAGACGGCUGAUAGCGAGUUUAGCGCUGCGCAGGUCUGGGUGAAUAAAACCAAGGCUAAGACUGUUAAUGAUCGGAAUGACGACGGGGUGGAACUUCCUAAUUCAAUCACCCCUAUUACUGGGGAUGGGUCGUUUGAUACGUUUUUGGCUAAUGCCACGACUAUUUACAAGGGUCAGUGA